AUAAUCGUGAUGAAGUUUACAAUGAAAGGAAUGGUAUUAAGCAAAAUGUAUCAAUACGAAAGAAAUAAUGAGAAACGCAGCAUAAGUUCAAAUGAAAGUUGUUGGUUAAGUAUUUGAGACUAUGGCACCCAUCCUUACAUAUAGUGAAAAUAUUAAUAGUGACAGUGACAAAAAAUUCCCUUAUGCCAUAAAAGAAGUUGAAGAAAAAGUGAAUAAAGAACUUCUUACUAAAUUUACAGGUGAAAAAACGACGUUUCUUCAAGUAGGACCUAAAGAUUACUUUUUACCAAGUGGGUACAGGAAGGAAGCGAAUCAUUAUUACACGUUUGCCCUCAGACCGAAUGAUGUUUUUAUCGUCACUUUUCCUAGAUCAGGUACAACUUUGACACAAGAACUAGUUUGGUUGUUGGCAAACAAUCUGGAUUUUAAGAAAGCAGCUCAAAUUCCUCUUAAGCAACGUUGUCCAUUUUUAGAAUUCAGUUCUUUGCUCCAUGAAGAAGUAAAAUCAGAACUCUUGAAAAAAAAUCAAUCAAAUCCAGCAAAAUGUGAAGUUAUUCAUAAACUAAGUUCACCUUGUUGGAGAUACUUUCAAGAAAUGUCUGAAAGAAGAUUCAUUAAAACUCAUUUACCUCUAAGUUUACUGCCACCAAAUUUAUCAGAUGUUGGUUGUAAGGUAAUAUAUGUGGCAAGAAAUCCUAAAGAUGUGGCUGUUUCUGAUUAUCAUUUAUGCAAAGCUCACAUAUCUCAAGGAUAUAAUGGAGACUUCGAGGAGUUCUGGAAAUUAUUUCAAAAAGGACACGUACCCUAUUCUCCUUAUUGGGAACAUAUUAAAGAAGGAUGGAAUAGCAGAAAUAAAGACAAUCUUCUGUUUCUCUUCUACGAAGAUAUGAUCAAGGAUUUGAGAAAGUGUAUAGAGAAGGUAUCCAAAUUUUUGGGGCAAAGUUAUAAACACGAGGAAAUCGCUCUUUUAGAGGCUCAUUUGUCGAUCGAUAACUUCAAAAACAACAAAUCGGUUAACAACGAAGAUUUUAAAGAAUUAGGAGUUAUGCUUAAAGAUCAAGAAGGUUUUAUAAGAAAAGGAACAAAUGGAGGCUGGAGAAAUUACUUUGACGAUAAAUUGAAUAUUGAAGCUGAGAGAUGGAUAGAAGAUAAUUCAAAAGGAUUGGAUCUACAAUUUUCUUUUUAGAUACAUUUUUUAGUAAAAUAUUUAUUUCGAAAAGUUACAUCACAAAUAUCAGACAUAAACUCAAAAACCUUAAUUUGACUCACCGUCAAAAUUAUUAAAACCUUCACAGCUAGAAAAAUUAUGCGUUGUGCCAUAAUUAAUUGGAACUAGAAAAAACCGCCGGACUGAAAUUAAAUAAAGCUAUCAUAAUCAAUUGCUUCAAAAUAGCUUCAAGCUUAGAAAUCAUAUAAGUAAUUGAAAUUCUAAUGCCUCUAAGUACGAUCAAAUGUGUUUGGAAAUAGUUUUUAGCAUUCUGCGAUUAAGAAAAAUUCAUUAUAUAUUCGUAAUCGAAAAUAA